GCCGGCUCACUCUGCAGGGCUACUACUGUCUUGGAUCUACGCGCCAACGCGGCGGUUCGCAUGUGACGACUAGUAAGGUUAGGUUCGAUCGCCCGUUUGUGGGGUAAUUGAAGCUGCGGGACGGGAAUCCUGUUGCCGCCUAUGCGCCUGGCCGCAUUGCCAACUCAUCCCACACAUCUGCCAUGGCAUGUAAUCCCACGACAGGCGCGCCUUAGCUGAAGAGUGGCGAUGCCGCUUUUUCUCGACAGUCUUUAAUACCAUACCACGAACCCACUUGUGUGAUUCUUUUCUUUCAUGCGACGGGGCCUUCGUUCUGUCCGAAAUUCCGUCUGAGCUGUUGGAGAACGGUGACGCAUCAACCCGACGUGUUCGUUGUGUGUCAUGCUCGAGGUCUGAGCACCGAGCUUGCGGGAACGCCUCAGUUCCCAACCACCGCCACACCCGACCUAGAUAAUCAAUUGGCAGCCUCUUUCAAGUCGGCUUGAUUGAUUUCGAUGCCAAUUGUGUAAUGAGGAGCUCCUUAGUUGACAAGCGAUCAUGAGGAGCCUUUCAACCUUCCUAUCGCUGCUGCGCCUGGCAGAUUGGGUAACACCAGCCCAAAGCGACGCAACGCCAUCAAGCAACACGGCCGCGAAGCCAUGCUCCCCCGAUACCUUUGUAUUCCCCACGGAGCUCGAGGGCGCAGACCUCGUGGGCGUGACGGCGGCCGAGGUCAGAGACCUGACGUUCAGCCCAUUGACACCAGAGGGUCGCGCAGCCAUCCCGUCGACGGGUGUCAGCUUCUGCAACGUGACGGUCAAGUACGUCCACACGGACUUCUACGACGUGACGCAGGUGCAGAUAUGGCUUCCAUCUACCGAGGCGUGGAACGGACGGUUCGUGGGCGUCGGAGGAGGAGGGUACUCGGCCGGGCAGUUUGGGAGCGAAAAGGUCGUUGCGACGCUGGCGCAGGGAUAUGCGACAAGCUCAACGGACGCCGGGCACGAUCAUACGACGUGGGAAGAGGCCCCUUGGGCGCUGAAGAAAGAUGGCACGGUCAAUGAGCGAUUACUCGUAAACUACGCCCACGUCUCGGUGCACGACAUGACCAUCAUCGCAAAGUCGAUUGUAACGCAGUACUACUCUCGGACACCAGAGUACUCGUACUGGAGCGGUUGCUCGACGGGUGGCCGGCAGGGCAUCAUCGAAGCGCAGCGAUAUCCGGGAGACUACGACGGCAUCCUCUCCGGUGCACCGGCCGUGAACCAGCCAAGUCUCAUCAUCAGCACGUACUGGCCCCAGUUCGUGAUGAACCAAAAGGGGGUGUACCCGCAUAUCUGCGAGCUGAUUCUCAUGACGCAGUUCGCGAUCGACGCAUGCGACGAGCUUGACGGCGUAAAGGACAACAUCAUUGCGGACCCAGAUAAGUGCGCAUUCGAACCGGCAAGCGUGGUCGGCAAGGAGCUCGAUUGUGGGAAUAUGAAGAUGGUCAUGUCGGCGGAAGCGGCUGAUGUCGCGCGGGAGAUCUGGCGGGGCCCGCACGGCGCGGAUGGGAAACCGCUCUGGCUGCCAAAGGGAUAUCCAGUCGGCGCACCCUUCACUGGCCGCUUCGGGCUCGGGAACACAAACUGCAGUGUACCGGACGCGCCCUGCGUCGGUCGGCCAUUCCAGAUGUCGGUGGAAUGGAUCCGCAACCUCGUGCACAAGGACCCAAGCUACGACGUUAACGGCAUGACGUUUGCCGAUCUGGAGGCGGCAUAUGAGACUAGCAGGCGGGAGUUUGACAGCAUUAUCGGGGCCAACAAUCCAGACUUGUCCGAGUUCAAGAGACUUGGGCGUAAGAUGAUUAGCUGGCACGGGCUGGCCGACGAGUGUGUAACGAUGCGCACGUCAAGGGACUAUUACGAUCGGGUGCUGGCGGUGGACGCUGCGGCUGAUGGGUAUUAUCGCCACUUUGAGGCGCCAGGAGUGUACCACUGCUAUGGGCUGAAUGGAACGUAUUACCCGCUGAAAGGGCUGGAGACGCUGCGAGCUUGGGUCGAGGAGGGGAAGACGCCGGCUGUGAUGGACGGGUUCAAGUUAAGCGGAGGGAACGAUAGCGCGGCGCCGAUAAGACCGUUGUGCGCAUAUCCAGCGGCUCUCAAGUUUGUCGGUGGCGAUGCGAAUAAGAAGGACUCGUGGGUCUGCGAGAAGCAAUCAGCAAGUUACCCGAAGCCUGAGUGGAACAGGGACGAGUUGUAGUAUUGGAGUCAUGUAGCGGAGGAUCGUGUUCCAUGUCUGAUGUAGUAAUUUGAAUAGCAU